GAAAACCCGUGAUAGGUUAGCUGGCUUUUUGUGAUAAAAGAUAGGGACGCUGACGACCGCUUAUAAUAGGGAGUGAGAGAUGGACAGAAGCGCAGCCGGUAAGAUACGUUCUCAGGAGAUGAGAGGUCUACAAAUCGUAACAGUACUAGCGGGGGUCGUGGCAGCUUCCCUUGGGUCGCCUCUGGCAGGAUGGACACCCGAUUCUCCGGUCAACGCAGAUGAACUCGGACCUUUCAAUGGCAGCGACAUGGAAGGACCACUGCCACCAUUUAAGAACGGGCUAGUAGAUGAGAAGUACCGCUGGCCGGAUGCUACGGUCAUUUAUAAGAUUGCUGGGGACUUUACGGAUGACGAGCUGGCCACCAUCCAGACAGCCAUGAAUAAUUUCUACGAUCUGACUAAUGGCUGCAUCAACUUCAAAGAACACACCAUUGAGGACGACUAUGUUAAGAUCACUAACGAUGACUCUGGAUGCCAUAGCAGCGUUGGGCGAAAGGGCGGCCAGCAGAGCAUGAAUCUGGAAAGCCCGAACUGCCUGAAGAAGAUCGGCACGGUGGAGCACGAAAUGCUGCACACCCUGGGCUUCCACCACGAGCAGUCCCGCUUUGACCGCGAUGAGUACGUCACAAUUAUGUGGGAGAACAUCAGCAGUGGUCAUGAGCAUAACUUCGCGACAUAUCCAGAGGACGUGGCCACAGGUUUUGGGGAACCUUAUGAUUAUGGAUCCGUCUUGCAUUACUCUAGUAGGGCCUUUUCCUCUAACGGAGAAGACACCAUUGUCCCAGCGGACCCGACCGCAGAGAUUGGCCAGCGCGUCGCCCCGAGCGAGAUCGACGUGGCCAAGCUCAUGAAGAUGUACAAAUGUGGAGAGAAAAAGUAAAAUAAAGAUACAGCGAUCACAAAA